AUGGCUACCAAGGAUGGACGUCAACCUUUCACCAAACAGGAUGCCACGGAGGCAGUAGAGAGCUUCAUGGAAUUAUAUAAACAAUUGGUUCUCGAAAAGAACUUCAAAGGCUACGACACAAAACUCCUAACCCAAGACCUCCGAUUUAUCGAUGCCGAUCCCUCUGGCUCAUGUGUCUGGGAAAUGACGGUCGACGAGACAUGGUGUAAUAUGAAUGGCGUCCUUCAUGGAGGAGCUUAUGGCGUUAUAUUUGAUAUGUGCACUGCGAUUACCAUGCAGACUAUUUCCCGGCCAGGAUAUUGGGAAUUCCUGGCAGGCGUUACACGAACAUUAAACAUCUCAUACCUCAAAGCUAUUCCAUUGGGAACGGCGAUACGAAUAAACUGCCAAGUGGAGCAACACGGCAAAACCAUGGCCCUGAUCAGUGCAUAUAUCGAAUCUCCGGACGGGAAGACCAAAUAUGCCACUGCUGAGCAUCACAAGGUUCAUGUUCCUGCGAUCAAGGAGUUUGCGUUAAGGUUGGAGGCUCUCAAGGUUGCGAGGAGAAGGGAGAGGCAGAAGUUGUAA